UUCACGCGUGAAAAUUUUUCUGUGCCGGUAACGCUGUUCGUGCGCGAAUCAAAAACUGCUUUCCUGUGUAAAAUAUUGUUUUAUAGAGUUUUAACCCGUUUCCCAUUCAUUUUUAAUAUAUAGACAUAACUAAAGCUAGACCGGAAAAGAUUUUACGUUGUAAAUUGUGUAUAUUGCCGAGUUAAACAAACAAACCGAGUACGCCGAAUUAAACAGGAAAUGGCUUCCGUGCCGUCGACUCAGCAGAAAGAAAUUUAUCUUUGUCCAAUUCAAACCGGUGAAUGUUUGCUGUGUCUGUCUGACUAUAACCUAGUUCCGCUUUUGAGUGAUUUUUCCGAAGCCAAUCAACAGGUUCAAAUUUCCGAGGUAAUCAAGUUGCUAACCGGUGUUCAGGUACCAAUCCCGAAUGAGGACACUAAUGACGACCAGUCCCAGGUCUGUAACCAGUGUCGAUGCGAGCUGCAAGAUUUCUGGAAAUUCCGUAACAUGUGCCGGGCAGCAAAUGCAACCAUAGUCCAGCAAGGUGUAUCCCUGAAUGGUAACGAUCCCUGCUGUAGGUUGUGCUUUUCGGUUUCCAAUCUGGAACCCUUGUUUUCCGAACGGUCCAGCAUUAUGGAAGCCGAAUUAACGAUGGACAAAAUGGUUUCCGAUUUAAUUAGCAUUGAGCUAGACCCAAAAGAUGAGGUUCAUGUUUGUAACUUUUGUGUAAAGAAAAUAGGCGAAGCGGCCACUUUUCGAAAAUAUUGUUUGAAAUUACUGAACAAAGGAGAAGAUCCCGUAAGCAAUGAGAUUACCACGCCAAUUUUAGUGUAUCCCAAACUUGUGAGCCAAGAUGCCGUAACGACAUGCAAUAGUUCCGAAUACAGUCUCCAGUAUUCUAGAAGCGAGUCCAGCCGUUCACCGAGUGUUUACAAUGACCCUGAAUCUAUGUUCGAAACAAUGGCAGUUGACGCAGCGCCCAGGUGCGAAUCGUGUGAUAAAACCUUUAAAACGGCCAAUCGCCUAAUACGACACAAUAUGUUGUAUCACCGAAUCUCCACCACACCGGCUCUUCCACCGCCUGAACCUUUGAAAGAUUCGGAAGAAAAACCUAUGGAUUAUGAACUAUCGGAAACGCACUCCCCGGCCAGUACCGGGGAAAUAAAAACAAAAUUUCUUCGGUGCGAUGCUUGUAACACUUAUGUCAAAAGCAAAGAACAGCUGGCGAACCACACAUGUAUCAAAAUACGUAUCGGCGGUAGACGGCGCCGGGUCUCGAUUCCCAACAUAGCCGGGGACAAAUUCACUCUUUGCGAAAUUUGCUACGAGUGCUUCUGCAGUAACGCACAGCUAACGGAACAUCAGCAGCAGCAACACCCGGACGCAGAAGUCUCUCUCAAAUGUGCACCUUGCAAAAAACGCUUCCCCAACAGCGAUAGCCUGCGAUCGCAUUUGUUGUCCUAUCAUUUCAACUAUUAUCCGUUCCUGUGCGAUGAUUGUGGUAACAGUUAUCACACUGCUCUGGGGUUGCAGACCCACGUCCUUAAAUUUCACACCGGUGAACAUUUUGUAUCCGUUUACUUUUGUCAGUUUUGUGACAUUAGGUUGAGCACAUCUGAGCAACGCACGGAACACAUGAAAGAAGCCCAUAAUUAUGCAGGUCCAGCUUAUCGCAUGCUAUAUCGUUGUACCGAAUGUCAAAUGGAAGUCGUUUAUCGGCGACCACACUCCAACAGUCACCCAGCUCGUGCUCGCACCAUGCAUCAGGACAAAUGGUUCACCGAAAUAUACCGAUGCAACCGGUGUCAGCCGACGAUAGCAAAUGAUGGCUUUCCCGAUAUGGUCCAGAUGGCCGAGCAUCUGCUGUCGGAGCAUGAGGAAAAGCUUGAUCAGCCGUUGGAUCUAGCGUGUUGCGAGUGUGAAGCGAGAUUCGCGGAAGUGCCUCACUUGCGGGUGCACUUCCACCGAGUACACAACAAAGAGGGUGACGAAUGAAUCGGUAAGUACCUACCUGUGCUCCGCCUAUAAUUAUCACUAAGAUUUUUCCCGUAUGGUUAUGAAAAUAAAAAGCGACAGAUUUGUAUUCAAA